CAGAACUGCUAAAGCUCUAGAGACAGAAGCUUAGGCGAAGGCGGUGGUGGGAUAACAGCUGUAGCAGAAGCGCCAGAGGGCAAGCAGCAGAGGAACCCCAACGGCAAUUGUCCUAGCCUCUUGGGAGAGAAGAGAGCUGCGUUUUAGAAGAGUUGGAGGAAGAAGAGUUAAAACAUCAUUCAGAGAAACAUAGAGUCAUACUCUCUGCCAGACAGCCUGGGAGUUGAGAGCACAGAGAGAAAGUACGAAAGAGGUUAAUUAACCAGUAUUCAGGAACAGGAGCCCAUCUACCACCUCAGCCCUCCAAAUACCAGCGGUUCCUCAGCACUUUAUCCCAGCGUUUCUCUCCUUUGCUGCUGUGUUCGCACAUUUAAUAGCUCUUUGGAUCAGAAAGCUGCGACUGAGCCCAGGUGUGACAGAGGGCAGAACCUGGCAUUCACUGGGCAUUUCGCAACGGAGGGAGAACGGCUCUUUACCAUGGCUGAUGACGAAAGUGCCAAAAGCACCCACAUCUGUACUGGUAGCGGUAGCGACUGGUGCGGUUGCAGCUGCAACAGCAACAGCUUCGGCGGGAAUAACUGCUGUGUUAGCUGCUGUGAGAACCCCACCAUGCACUGUAACGUCCUGAGCUGGGAGCAAGUGCAGCGGCUCGACGAUAUCUUGAGCGAGAUGAUUCCCAUCCACGGCCGGGGCAACUUUCCCACCCUGGAGAUGCAGCCCCGUCAAAUCGUAAAGGUGGUGAGGAGCCGCCUGGAGGAGAAGCGCAUUGGGGUCCGGGACGUGCGACUCAAUGGCUCCGCCGCCAGCCACGUCCUGCACCAGGACAGCGGCCUGGGCUAUAAGGACCUGGACCUCAUCUUCUGUGCGGAUCUCCAGGGGGAAGAGGAGUUUCAGACUGUCAAGGACGUGGUCUUGGACUGCCUUUUGGAUUUCUUACCUGAAGGAGUGAAUAAAGAGAAGAUCACGCCGUUGACUCUUAAGGAAGCUUAUGUGCAGAAAAUGGUAAAAGUAUGCAAUGACUCAGACCGCUGGAGUCUCAUCUCCCUGUCAAACAACAGCGGCAAAAAUGUGGAAUUGAAAUUUGUGGAUUCCCUGCGACGUCAGUUUGAAUUUAGUGUAGACUCUUUUCAAAUCAAGUUAGACUCUCUCCUGCUUUUUUAUGAAUGCUCAGAAAACCCUAUGACUGAAACUUUUCACCCCACUAUAAUUGGGGAGAGUGUCUAUGGAGAUUUCCAAGAAGCCUUUGAUCACCUUUGCAACAAGGUCAUUGCCACCAGAAAUCCAGAAGAAAUCAGAGGAGGAGGGCUUCUUAAAUACUGCAACCUUUUGGUUAGGGGUUUUAGGGCUGCUUCAGAGGCUGAAAUUAAGUCCCUCCAGAGGUAUAUGUGUUCCAGAUUUUUCAUCGACUUCUCAGACAUUGGUGAACAGCAGAGAAAGUUGGAAUCCUACUUGCAGAACCACUUUGUGGGAUUGGAAGACCGCAAGUAUGACUAUCUCAUGACCCUUCACGGUGUGGUGAAUGAAAGUACGGUGUGUUUGAUGGGACACGAAAGAAGACAGACUUUAAAUCUCAUUACCAUGCUGGCUAUCCGUGUGCUGGCUGAGCAAAAUAUUAUCCCCAAUGUGGCCAAUGUCACCUGUUACUACCAGCCAGCCCCAUACGUAGCAGAUGCCAACUUUAGCAAUUACUAUAUUGCCCAGGUUCAGCCAGUGUUCACAUGCCAGCAGCAUACAUACUCUACUUGGUUGCCCUGCAAUUAAGGACCAUUUCUAAAAUGUCCAGUGGGGUUUUUUUUUUCUUUAGAAGUUAAAAAAAAAAAAGAGUGACCCUGUCUACAGAAUGGGGUGUGUUUUGUGCAAUUAUGGUCUGCUCCAGUGUUCAAGCUUGACAAAGCUUGCCAGUCUUUUAAUAGGUAUGGGAGCAUGAUCUAGAAAUGAACCAAAAAAAAGAAAAAAAAAGAAAAAAAUUGGAUUCUACCCCUGGAGCACUAGAGGCCUGUCAUUAAAAGCAACUAGCUUCUCCUGAAAUAACAAGGGAUGGAGUGCUUGAUGACAAUAUGGGUUUGCAAUACCUGCUCCCAUAGCUCUGGCUUAGACAAAGUUGGAAAGCUUUUUUAUAGAAUGGAAUUUGAAAAUGGGAGAAUGUGAAGAAAAAUAAUCUCACCCAAUUUACUACUACAUAUUUUGGAGUAUAGUUAAAAAUGUAGAGGCAUAAUGCAGAGGAAAAACUGAUCUCAAAUAUAUUGGAAUGGCUCUCUUUGGGGCUUGCAAACAGAUGCUCUCUGUGGAAUGAUCCCAUAGAAGGCAUUGCUUGCUUAACUAGAAUGCUCUUAAGUGAACAGCUUGCUCCAAAAGAACAGUAGUAGAUUGGUGUAGUUAUCAUGAAAAACAGCAGACCUAAUGAUGACAUAAUCCAUUAUUUCCAGCUGAGUGCAUAGUUCAUGUUUUAAAAAUGUGAAAAUGCAAACAAAAACAGCUGUAGCAAAGAAAGUAUGCUCAAGGACCAAAGAUUUCACAGACAAAAUACCCAAAUAGAGAGGGGGUAGUAUAUUACUGAAAAAAUACAUAUUAUAUUUGUACACACCAGUAUAAAUCAAAGUGCCUGUUGCCUUCAGAAAAUUUGAAGUAAAACGACAACACAAUUUUGUGGUUUAACCAUGUAUUUUGUUUUAUCAGGGACACAAGAAGAAAACAUAACCCAACAUAAGCUUGUGAAUAAAUGGUGGAGGAAAUGCCCUAUUUUUCUUGGCAAAUACUUGUAUAAAGUUAAUGUUAUUGUCAGUGUGAUGUUAUAGUUGCCGUGUGUAUGUGUGUAUAUUGUGUGUGUGUUUAUAUAUGUGUAUGUGAUAUAUGUAUGUAUGUAUAUAUAUACACACAAUAUAUUGAAUAUGGUCUAGGACAAUGUAGCAAUUAGGGAUUGUUUAAAUAAAGUACUGUGUGUUUUCCAGUUUCCAGCAGGAUAUCAUGAGACGUGGGCACAUUGCAGUGAUGAGUUUAUAACAUAUUUAAAUUUCUGAAGUAAGUAAUCUGGAUGACGAAGGUAAAUAACACAAGAGCAAGAACAGAGACAACAUGAUUUAGUGAGUUAUCUCUGAGCCCUAGUCUCCCACAAAUGGAGGAAUAUUUUGAUUAAUGGUUCCCUCUUCAUGUUGUAUACCAUACUGUCAUUUUGACAGUUUUGGACCUACAAUUUAUUGACUGCAUACUUCUGCAAUGUAUACAUCAGCAAAACAUGGAUCAAAGAUAGCAUAUUUAAUCCCUGACUGCUAAAAGAAGAUUGUCUUAGUUGGUGAUUGGAACAUUACUUGUUAAUAGUUAAAUUAAUAUUUUUACAGAAUGCACUCUGCAUUCCAGGACCACUAGAAUUUAGUAAAUGUGAAAUGACCCUUUUAAGAGUGUUGCACAAUGGCUUAAAUUUAUAUAUGAAAUAUAUAGAUAUAUAUAAUAUAAAAUUUAUAAAUUCAUGCAAACAUGAAACAUCUCUAAUCUGGGUGUCACACUGCAUUUAAAUGUUCCGUACUGUACUUUAAAUUAAAUCACUUUGCAUUCAAACAAUUCACUUUCAUUUCCUCUUUCCCAAGAGACCAAUUAGUUCUACAUUUAUGAAAAGAUCAUGUAUUAUGAUUUCAGCUUAAAUGACACUUCCUCCCCCCAACUCCUCCUUGAAUUCUGCCAAAUUCUGGUCUCUUCAAUGAAAUAAUUAAAAACAAAAAUAUACAAUACAUAAAACUGUCUUAAAAAAUGACCAGCAAAAAACAACAAACUCAAACCCUAGAGAAAGACUAUUUACCAUGGCAUUUCAUCCUAAGAGCUGACUAGAUCAGCAGUUUUAGCAUAAAGGAAAAAGGGUUCAAGAAAGAGCCCACCAUCCUGUUGGCAGUAUAUUUUAAUGGUUUUGAUUUGGUUUUUUGGAUUUAUUAAGACAUAUAUGAUUGGGUAGGACCAUUUUUAUUGCCUUUUGUACUCCUUUCUUUGAAGUUGUAACAGAAACCUGGUUUGUUUACUAUAGCGCCUUUAUAAAGCUAUUGCACUGCCAUUCACUGUGUUUACUAGGGAGCCUCUUACUUGCCCCAUCUUGGUUCCUAUCUUUUCCUCCUCACCCUCCCCUUCCCUUUCUGCCCAUGAAAAUGUCUUCAAAUUGAUAGUGAAGAGGCAAAGUUCAUUUCCUAGGACCUAUUCAACCUUCCUCUUCCAGAUCAAGCCCAAGAGAUACUUGUCAGAAACUUGCUCACGUUAACCUUUGGGAGGAUUUUCUAAAAGAAAAUCCUGGGAGGCCAGGGGAAAUGGGAGCAGCUGGUGAUUUGGGACAUCCCUUCUUACUUAGCACAACUAUUUGCAGAUGAGUCAUUCACUAUUUUAAAAGAGUUGGGGAGGGGAUAGGUUUCCAUCUGUGUGGCAAACCACAAAGAUUCUGUUAAAUUAUGACAUUCAGUUUGUCUGAAGGAGCCUGAUCUUGAUAUUUUUUUUCUCAUUUAUUUCCUUUUCACAUUUGUGUCCUUUUCCUGCUUGACAAAGUAUUGGUGGCAUAGUUUUAAAUGAUAGCGUUUUGACUUAGGAUUCUUUUGCCUGUGCUUCAGGCAACCUUCAGUCUUUGCAUUUUGAAUGAUAUAAUUUAUUUCUAUUAUGUAUAUAUUAUAGUCCUCUAUGCAUAUGUAUUUGAACAAAUGGUGGAAUGUAUGUAUGUUUUUCCCCCUAUAUAUAGAGUGCUGCAAAUGAUUUUGAAUAUCUGACUUUAGAAAGAGAAUACCCCAGGUGUACCAGGACAUAACAGAAUUGAUAUUCAAUUUAGAACUCCAAGGGACCUCAGAAACUAUCUAGUUCAACUCUUCAGUUCACAGCUGAGGAAACUUGAGGACCAGGAAGAAUGAACGACUUGCUCAGUGUUACACAGGUAGUAAACAUCAGACACAGGAUUUGAAGCAAGGUUCUCUGGCUUCAGAGCUCUCACUCUUUCCAUUGAACCAGUUGCUGGAUCAUGCUUAUGAAUUGCUCUCCUUUACCUCUUAAGAGUUAAGACUGCUGAGGAGGCAAUUUUCUGGAGGUUCUCCUCAUCGGAUUGGAUAACCAGAAAAAAAAUAUAUGAAAGAGACUAUUUCCUGUUGAAAGUUUAUUUUGUUGGUAAUAAACUCAGAUGCCUCGAGGAUUUUAUGCUGAGGAUACAUAGAUAUUUGUACAUGGAAAGAUUAUUUUUCUCAUAAAACUGAGAUUUAGCACCUAAAAGCUUCAGUUAGAUGAACUAUUUUAAUGUGGCCUUUAAAUGUAAUAGUUGAACAAUGUUGUCAUUUUCAAAUAAGCAUGACACAUUUAGAGAACAUCAUACAAUUUCUACCAGUCCUUUUUUGUUAGCUUAUAUUGUUUGUUGCUUUACAGUGCAUCAAGUCUAAAUGCGUAGCUUGUUAAUGACUAUUGUGGAAUAUUUUGUAAAUGAAAUGUAUUCUGUUAAGAGCUCUCAGCAGCUCACAAAUAAGCUUUUUUUUUUUUGAAGAUGAAGUGUGUGAGAUGAAACCAAAAGGCAAAAAAAAGUGUAAUUCCAUAUCCAGCACCUAUUCAAUAUACUCUUUUGAUAAGGUUUCCUUUGAGUAGAGCCCUUUAAGAGUGAAGGAAGGAAAUCUCUGUAACAUUUUGCUGUUGUAAUAAUUAAUGGCUUGCUAAUAAAGUGACAGUGAAAGAGACAACUUCAAGAUAGUUUGUUUAGGCUGCUGCAGAAUCUUGCAGUACAGAGGAGAUUGUGCCAAUGGAUUAUCCUUCCAACCCCUACCCUACCAUGGCCUUCUCGGGGCAUCCUGUUGCAGCAAACUGAUCCACGGAUUGCUUGUUUGGAAUAUUUUGACAAUAGGCUCUGUCACAGGGAGAAAGAGAGUUGAUGGAAAACAGAUUCAAGAACUGACAUGUUUGCAUCAGUGCUAGAGGGAACAGAUUGUGAAUUUUGUUUACAGCAUCCAAUAUUUGGAUUUUUUUUUUUUGUAAAUAAAAAGAAGUUAUUUUUUUCUAUUGA